AUGUGCGACAAGGAGUUCAUGUGGGCCCUGAAGAACGGGGACCUGGACGAGGUGAAGGACUACGUGGCCAAGGGAGAAGAUGUCAACCGGACGCUAGAAGGUGGAAGGAAACCUCUUCACUAUGCGGCAGAUUGUGGGCAGCUUGAAAUCCUGGAAUUUCUGCUGCUGAAAGGAGCUGAUAUUAAUGCUCCAGAUAAACAUCAUAUUACUCCUCUUCUGUCUGCUGUCUAUGAAGGGCACGUUUCCUGUGUGAAAUUGCUUCUGUCGAAGGGUGCUGAUAAGACUGUGAAAGGCCCAGAUGGACUCACUGCUUUUGAAGCCACUGACAACCAGGCAAUCAAAGCCCUACUUCAGUGA